UAGAGGGGACUAGCUACGGGGCCCCUGGAGGGAGGCGGUGAGGCGGCCUCGGCCCGAGGCUCCUACAGGGGCCCACCGCUCUGGCUUGUCCCUUCACCCACAGAGCUGGUGGGGGACUCGAUCUCCGGCUCCAGCCAUGGCUGCGGAAAGCAGUAAGCAGUUCUGGAAGCGGAGCGCGAAGCUGCCGGGCAGUAUUCAGCCUGUUUAUGGUGCUCAACACCCUCCCCUGGAUCCCCGGCUCACCAAAAACUUCAUUAAAGAACGCUCCAAGGUCAGUGCCCUGCCAAUGAAGAAUAAGAAGGCCAGCAGUUUUCAUGAGUUUGCCCGUGACACUAGUGAUGCCUGGGACAUUGGGGAUGAUGAAGAUGAGGACUUCUCAUCUUUCCAGACCUUGAACUCUAAGGUGGCCAAGGCCACAGCAGCACAGGUGUUGGAGAACCACAGCAGGCUGCGUGUGAAACCUGAGCGACCUCAGGCGGUUCUGAAUGAAGUACCAAACAACUGCAAAGUUAUCAAAUCUAAUAGUGAGGCCCAACUGUCCAGAACUGAGGAUGGCUAUAUGCGCAACCCACUCCACAAACAACAGUCUCUCCCACUCCGACCCAUCAUUCCACUUGUUGCUCGCAUCUCUGACCAAAAUGCUUCAGGGGCUCCUCCAAUGACAGUGCGUGAGAAAACCCGCUUGGAGAAAUUCCGGCAACUCCUGUCCAGCCACAACACUGACUUAGAUGAACUGAGGAAAUGCAGCUGGCCUGGCGUCCCCAGAGAGGUUCGGCCUGUGACGUGGAGACUUUUAUCAGGUUAUCUCCCUGCCAACAUGGAGCGGAGGAAACUGACAUUGCAGCGCAAACGAGAGGAGUAUUUUGGCUUUAUUGAGCAGUAUUAUGACUCUAGAAAUGAGGAACACCAUCAAGAUACAUACCGGCAGAUCCAUAUAGACAUUCCACGGACAAAUCCCCUCAUCCCUCUAUUUCAGCAGCCGCUAGUUCAGGAGAUCUUUGAACGAAUCCUGUUUAUUUGGGCCAUUCGACACCCAGCCAGCGGCUACGUGCAGGGGAUUAAUGACCUGGUCACUCCAUUCUUUGUCGUGUUCCUCUCUGAAUAUGUUGAAGAAGAUGUGGAGAAUUUUGAUGUUACAAACCUGUCUCAGGAUGUGCUGCGGAGCAUUGAAGCCGACAGCUUUUGGUGUAUGAGCAAAUUGCUGGAUGGGAUACAGGAUAACUACACAUUUGCACAGCCAGGGAUCCAAAAGAAAGUUAAAGCACUGGAGGAACUCGUGAGCCGUAUUGAUGAGCAGGUACACAAUCACUUUAGGAAGUAUGAAGUGGAAUACCUGCAGUUUGCCUUUCGCUGGAUGAACAAUUUACUGAUGAGGGAGCUUCCUCUUCGCUGCACCAUUCGCCUUUGGGAUACUUACCAGUCUGAGCCAGAGGGAUUCUCUCAUUUCCAUUUAUAUGUUUGUGCUGCAUUCUUGAUUAAGUGGCGGAAAGAGAUCUUGGAUGAAGAGGACUUCCAGGGCCUUCUAAUGUUGCUACAAAACUUACCUACGAUACACUGGGGCAAUGAAGAGAUUGGACUCCUCCUUGCUGAAGCCUACAGACUCAAGUACAUGUUUGCAGAUGCCCCCAAUCACUACCGCCGAUAGGUGCCAGGGAUCUGCCUCUACAUCCCAACGUGCUGGCCCAAUCCCGAUCACUGUGGCAUUUCAUCACCCUUGUUCUCGGACACUCCAAAUAGGACCCACUCUUUGCUGUAAAAAGCUCACAUCAGACUUCUGUCUUAACUUCUGUGUGUGCCUGCUUGCCACUCCAUGUGUGGAUGUGCCACUCAAAGAACCAUUGGUGUCCCAUCCUGUGAUGGUGGCCUGAGCUUGGCUGGUGGCUGUGGGUCAUCUAAGCCUUGGAGCCUCAUGUUAACCAGUCUAAGCACAGACACACUUGCGUACUCCCAGCUGGGUCUGUGUUUUCCUCCAGAUGCUGUUCAAUCAAACUCCCUAAUGAAGAUGCCUUAUAAAGAGUCCUGCCCAGGGGAUGGCAGUGCCGUUGGACACAAGAAGCUCUCAGGGCUUAGCUUCACUCUGUGUGUCUGAAGUGCAACAUUUCAGUGGUCAACACGAAAGAGACGUGCUCUCCUCUCUCAUACAUGCAUACUGUCUUGCCGCAUGUCUCUCUGCGUAGGGUGGUGCGCACAUGUUGAAAAGGCUGUCUUGUCCACACACAGUUCAAAAUGACACAACUGAAUAAGACAGGACUCUUCCUGUGACUGUGACUGACUGACUGACUUGUGUCCAUUGAGCUGGAGGGUGAAGGGAGCUGUGCUUCUAAGAAUCCCCUUUCCAUGACAAUGACACUCCUCCUCCAAUGCAUUAUGUGUAUAUUGUGUUCUUGUGUAUAUGGGUAAAAGAUGUACAUUAUAAGUCUUCUGUUUGUAGCAGAUAUGAUUUUAUAUUUAUAAUGUGCGUUUCAAGCGUGUAAAGGCUGCUUAGGUUACAAAGAACAGUGGACCUCCUGCCUCCCCUGCUUGUUGGGGUUCUGGAGCUGUCAGCACACCUGCACUAGCACAUUUUUCAGAUCCGAGUGUUUCGUUUGUAUCAGGAAUACUUGACUCCAAAGCAAAGUCGGCAUUGUAUGACCUCCAGCGCCAAGGAGGUGGUGGGUUUAAGAAGCUUGCUGCUGGAACAGGCAUUUUGGACUCGCUGUGAAGGGACCUGAAGAGUACCUCCCUCCUCAUCCACACUGGAGCAUGCCCUUUGAAAAACACUGAAGCACUCUGUCCUCUUCAAGCAUUGCAGUGGUGGCUUGGACCAUUAAUGUUCAUUGCUGUAGCAGUCUCUUUAGAAGAGGAAUGAGUCCUGGUCUACAUCUCUUGGCUCCUCUCCUUAAUUGAACCCCCCCCCCAGU